UAUAAGGCCAUGUCCGUAUCUUUCCCUUUUUUCUCAUAAACCGAUCGAGAAACCAUCGUCGAUCUUCAUCUUCCUGUCGAGCCGACGAUCGCAAGCAAGAUGGUUCCCAGGAUGCAGCGUGGAGGCACGGGGAGGAAGCGGAUCGACACGGCGAGGCUCAUCCAGAACCCGGCCGCUCGCCAGGUCGCCUUCUCCAAGCGCCGCAAUACGCUCUUCAACAUGGCCGGCGACCUCUCGGCGCUCUGCGGCGUCCAAACCGCUGUCGUCGUCUUCUCCUCCUCCGCUCGCGGCAACUGCUACGCAUUCGGAAGCCCCUCCGUCGACGCCGUCCUCCGACGACUUGACGAUGUCGCUCUUCCCGCCGCCGUCGGAGAAGAAGAAGACGCCGCCACUCUGAUGGCGUUGCGGCAGGAGCUGGAGGACACCAAGGCGCGCGUCGAGGCGGAGAAGGCUCGGAUCAAGGCCGUCGAGGCCGGCGUGAAGCGGGCGAUGGAGGCGGCCAGGACGCAGCAUUGGUGGGAGGCUGACGUCAACGCGGUCGGUGCGGCGGAGCUGCCCGAGUUUGAGGCGGCUCUCUGCCGACUCAGGGACGCCGUUCUACGCCACACCGACUCGAUGCAUGCAGCAGACAAGAACGGUAGUACAUCAUUUACUGCUACUACCGGCCGCGUCGAUGACGCGCUGCACGCCGACCAUACUCUCUAUCUCAACAACUAGCGGCCAUGGAUGGAUGCAAGAUUGAAAUUUCUUUUAGCUGGCUCUUCGUUUUCAGAAGUCUUACUAGUUAAUUUAGUUUACUUAUUACAGCGGACUAUUAUUUGGUUGUGCGAAUGCUUCUCCUAGCAUCCAUAUGUAAUAUGUUCCCAUAGGCUGUGUGAAUAUCUUUGCAUUUUCUGAGUUAGUUUAUAUAUAUUUAUUUGGA